AUGGAUCCUCUUAUGUGGCACAAAGUAGCAGCUCUCUCUGGUGUAGCGGCUCUUGGGUUGGGAACAUACGGCGCCCAUGGCUUUAAGCCCAAGAACCCUUCUUACAAAGAGGUAUGGCACACAGCUUCUCUGUAUCAUUUGGUUCACACAGCAGCUCUACUUGCAGCUCCUUUAACUAAACGCCCAAAUAUUUUUGGAGGCCUAUUGACUUCUGGAAUAGUGGCUUUUUCUGGGACGUGUUAUGCUGUGGCAUACCUAGAAGACAGAAAGUACUCUCAACUGGCCCCGUUUGGCGGGUUCGCUUUCAUUGGUGCUUGGGCCAGCUUGCUGUUCUAG